UCCUUUUUUUCCAUCCAAUAAUAUGAACCCUGAGCCACGUGCGUGCGCACGAGCAAAAGCAAAACCGAUGCACAAACGGUUGAACAGCAGGAGAAAGCAAAUUCAUUGAACAGGUAUAGCGCACAAAAUUCAAGGAAGUGGGAGGAUUUAAAGAAGAUUUAAAAGGCCAAAAAAACCCCGCUGGAAAACAUAGCAACUAUCCAGAAUACGUAUUUACUGGAAUCCUCAAAACAAGCAGCCACGGUUUCUUAAAUUAACACUAAAACAACAUGACAAUCACCGGCACUGUCUCGGAACCUUCCUAUACCUUUGAAGGUUACAUUGGCUAUGACGAGAAGUCGAUAGGAAAUUUAAAGUUUGGUACUUUCGAACCCAAAACAUGGACUGAGGACGACGUCGACAUUAAAAUUGCUUACUGUGGCAUUUGCGGCAGCGAUCUCCAUACUUUGCGUUCUGGCUGGGCUCCGACGUCAUAUCCUGUUGUCGUAGGACACGAAAUCACUGGUACAGUUGUUCGUGUCGGUAAAAACAUUAAGCAUCUUCGGGUGGGUGACCGUGUUGGUGUUGGUGCUCAAUCUGGCUCCUGUCUUAAAUGUGAACAGUGCAAAGAAGGCCACGAACAGUACUGUGAUAAGCAGUUCAUAGGAACGUAUGGAUCGCCGUACGAUGAUGGAUCGAUUUCCACUGGCGGAUAUGCAAACUAUACCCGUGUUCCUGCUCAUUUUGUAAUUCCUAUUCCUAGCGGCAUUGAUCUCGCUGACGCUGCCCCGUUCAUGUGUGCAGGUGUCACUACCUACACUCCUUUGCGUCAAAACAAUAUUGGUCCUGGCAGUCGCGUAGGUGUAAUCGGCAUUGGAGGUCUUGGUCAUUUCGCCAUUAUGUUUGCCAAAGCUUUGGGAGCAGAAGUAACGGCAAUAUCCCGGAGCCGUAAAAAAGAGACUGAUGCUCGUCAACUGGGAGCAACGAAGUAUAUUGCUUCAGCCGAAGAUGGAUGGAAGGAGCGCUUUAAACGUUACUUUGACGUGAUUAUCUGUACUGUUGAUAGCUCUGGGUUUUCUAUAAACGAUUACCUUUUCAUGUUGAAGGCAAGAAUUGGUAAAUUUGUGUACCUUGGCGCUCCUGACUCGGACAUCUCAGUCAGUCUUCAUCCCUUUAUCGGCAACAACAUCUCCCUGACUUCUAACCUCAUCGGUUCACCCAGUGAAAUUCAAGAAAUGUUUGAGUUGGUGAGGGAGAAACAGCUGAAGCCUAUCAUUGAAGUUCGCAAACUAAGUGAAGUCAACCAAGCCUUGAAGGAUAUGGAAGCUGGAAAGGCUCACUUCCGUUAUGUUCUUGAUGUUUCCAAGUAGUUUUGUUCCUUCGUUUUAUUCAAUUAUAUGCUUGUAACGAA